GGCUGUGUCCCCACGUGGUAGAACGCGUCGGAGAGCAGCAGCAGCAGGCGGUGACGCCAAUCCUUCCACCUGUACAGCGGUGUGGCAGUGGAUACAGAUAAUCAUGAAGACAAAAAAAGGAAAUAAGUCUAAGACUUCCUUUAAAUUGAAACAAAAGGGUAUCAAAGUAGUAGGAAAAUGGAAACCCAUAGAAAUUGACCCAAAUCUGUUUGCUGAUGAGCAGCUGGGAGAUUUAGUAUGUUUUGAGGAGCUUACAGAUUAUAAAUUGGUGAAUUCUUCCAAAAUUGGAAAAGAAAAAGGAAAGAGAAAAUCGGAUAGUGUUUCUGAAGAAGAGGAGGAGGAAGACUAUUCUACCUCCCAGAAAAAAAAGAGAAAGAAAGACAAAGAGCUGGGAACCAGGGCAAGUAAAAAUUAUAAUCUUAUAGUGGAGCAAGAUGUAAUUGAUCAAGAGGACAAGCCUAAAGACACCACCAAGUUGUUUGGUUAUGAGGAAGAUGAAUGUGAAUCAGGAGGCACCACAACCACAGAAAAAACUUUGAAGAAAAAGAAAAAAAAGAAAGUGAAAAAGAAAGUGUUUCCACCUGAGAGAGCUCCUCUACCAGCAAAGUCUUCUAAAAAGGUUAAAAAUUGGACUAUGGGAGUUCUGUCUGCCUCAUCUGAUCAAAAAGCAGAUGUGUCUGCGUGGAAAGACCUCUUCGUUCCUAAGCCGGUUCUGCAGGCCUUGAGCUAUCUAGGAUUUAGUGCUCCAACUCCUAUUCAAGCAUUAGCCCUGCCUUCUGCAAUCAGAGAUAAUAUGGAUGUUCUUGGUGCUGCAGAAACAGGAAGUGGGAAAACACUCGCGUUUGCAAUUCCAGUGAUCCACUCUGUGCUACAGUGGCAAGAAUCAAAAAGCAGAAGUGACAAUGCCACUGAAGAGCCUCUCUGUGAUGAUGAAGACAAACCAGGAUGGGAAAGUGAUAAUGAAACAAACCCUAAGCACCUAAACCCUAAGCAGGAUGAAGAUAGUGGGGGUGAUGAUGACGUAGAUGAAUCUUGCACAAUAGGUUGCGUGAAGGUGCUGGAAAAUGUAGAAUUUGAUUUUGAUGCCAACAAACGUGCUGCUGACUUGAAUAAAAACCGGCCUCUUUUAGGGCUGGUGCUGACUCCCACAAGGGAACUAGCUGUACAAGUAAAACAUCAUAUUGAUGCCGUGGCCAAAUUUACAGGCAUUAAAACUGCAAUUCUGGUCGGUGGAAUGGCUGCUCAGAAACAGGAACGAGUAUUGAAUCAGAAGCCAGAAAUUGUAAUUGCAACCCCAGGUCGUUUAUGGGAGCUAAUUAAAGAGAAACACCCACAUCUCUCAAAUCUCCGGCAGCUCAGGUGCCUUGUGAUUGAUGAAGCUGACCGAAUGGUUGAAAGGGGACAUUUCUUAGAACUCUCUCAGUUGCUGGAAAUGUUAAAUGAUUCACAAUAUAACUCUCGACGUCAGACUUUUGUGUUUUCUGCCACGCUGACUUUGGUCCAUCAGGCUCCCACAAGAGUUUUACAAAAGAAAUAUGCUAAAAAAAUAGACCAAAAGACCAAACUGGAAAUGCUAAUGGAAAAAGUGGGGAUUAGGGGAAAACCUAAAGUGAUAGACUUAACAAGAAAAGAGACCACUGUAGAGACUCUGACCGAAACCAGGAUCCACUGUGACAUGGAUGACAAAGACUAUUACCUCUAUUAUUUUUUGCUUCAGUACCCAGGAAGAACCAUGGUCUUUGCAAACAGUAUAGACUGCAUAAAACGCCUGAGUGCACUCCUCACAAUCCUGGAUUGUAACCCCCUGCCUCUGCAUGCAAACAUGCACCAGAAGCAAAGGUUAAAAAACCUGGAAAGGUUUGCUGAGCGAGAGACCUGUGUCCUUUUGACAACAGAUGUUGCAGCUCGUGGUCUGGAUAUUCCUAACGUGCAGCAUGUCAUCCAUUACCAGGUUCCACGCACAUCUGAGAUUUAUGUGCACAGAAGCGGCAGAACAGCUCGAGCUGCCAACGAAGGCCUUAGCUUGCUGUUGAUCGGCCCUGAUGAUAUGAUAAAUUUUAGGAAGAUUUAUAAGACAUUGGAGAAAAAUGAAGAGCUUCCAUUUUUCCCAGUUGAAACAAAAUGCAUGUUUGCUAUCAAGGAGCGGGUGAAUUUAGCAAGGCAGAUUGAAAAGGUGGAAUAUUACAACAGCCGGGCAAAACAGCACAACUCUUGGUUCCAGCAAGCUGCGGAGGCUCUUGAAAUUGAUCUUGAUGAUGAUGUCCUUAUAGGAGGACGAUCGAAUGAGCAAGAAGUGAGUCAGAAGCAAAAGAUGCUGAAGGGAAUGAAGAAACAGCUGAAACAUUUGCUAUCACAACCAGUAUUUAAAGUCCUUCUGAAGACCAAAUAUCCAACACAAUCUGGAAAGCUAUUACUCCCUCAUUCACCAGUGAGCAAUUCAGAAUCUGCUCUGAGCACUGUAUCAAAACAACAAGCAAAGAGGAGGAAGAAAAAGAAAUUAAUUACAGAUGAAUUAGAUAAAUGAUCGAUAGCACCAUGGGGUGUGGGAGAAAAGAGGGGCCAUUUUUUCCUUAGAACUUGAUUACAUUAAUGAAUGACUGCUUAUACAAUGAUGGAGAACAAGACACCUAGUACCAUGUGGGUGGAUAUUCUAGACAAACAACUCCUACAUAUUGUUGAUUGUA